GCUGGUUGUCAUGGAGACUUGAUGUUGCGCAGUGAUGGUUAGCUGUGAACCUGACCACAAUUGUGGUGUGGCCGUUGCCAAGCAGAAGGUGCUAUUAUGAGAGCAAGAGUAGAAAGAGAGAGAUAUACAGGAAGCAAGAGAUGAAGAUGUUGGUUGAUCCCAUCAUGCAUUGCUUCGGUGACUUAUGUUGAAGCGGCUUUGUCUGUUCCAGUGAUGCGUCAGCAUUAGACAAACACGCAGAUCCUUUCCUCCCUCUUUCCUCUUUCCUUCCUCAGUCUGACUGGAUAAGCAAAGGGCAGCGUUGCUGUAACUGAGCCAGCACUUCCUGGUGUUGUUUUCAGGAGGCGUGGCCAGCCUUUAGGGAAAGAAGCAAGGGAGGGAGAGGGGAUCUGCAGGAUCUAUAGGUUCAGUGCAGUCGGUGUUCCCUCCUCCUCCUGCACAGCUGUUGCUACUGCUGUCCAGUGAGCACUAUGUUCCUCAGGCAGUAGACGGACGAUCUAGAGGCUGGCGAGUCAGUACAGACACAGCCCAGCCCGUCUCGGCACAGCCACUUGAAGAAGCAGGGGAGGGGAGGCACUAGCGCACACGGCCAACGCUGGAACACGCACUCAACCACACAGACAGACACUCCUCCUCCCUCUCUCCCUGUCUCUUGGCUCUGCACGGCUCGCAUACUCACUCGCCGCCAAUUUAGCCGCUUGCCUCUUAGUCUCCUGCCUCUUCGCCUCGCCGCGCCUCGCCACGCUCUGCCUGCCUGCCUGCCUGAGAAUGGUCCAGCCGGUGCCUGGGGGUCUCCUGUCGCGGCCUGUCUGAGCACACGCAUAAACACAGAGCCAACUGACACACAAAGGCGCACUCGGACAAACCGGAGAGCGAUGUGAGAGAGGAAGUGCCUUCCCUGAUGUCUGCUGCAGCUUUGACCUGCUUCUACAGCUGAAGCCCCGCCCUCUCCCUUGCCUCGCUCGCUUGCUGCCACAGUAACACUAGUACAAGGACAGCAACCACACCCUCCCCGCAGCCUACGCUCAGACCCGCUCCAUUCGUCCUCCCCGCCUUUGUCGCAGACGGGCUCCAGCCUCAGCUCGCUACACCAGUCGGCGCUGACCAGCCUUACCGCGCCACCAGGCCCACGCAGCAUCUAACUCACCCGGCCUUUGACGUUCGCCUUUAGCUCCAAAAGCCUCCACGUGAUCCUCAGUGUCCUUAACUGCCCUGCAGCAGCCAACACCCAGACUCCCAUCUUUGCUGCCUGCUGGACCACACCUAACCACAAGGCCCUUAUUUUGGCCUGUUUGUCUGGUUGAUUUAUGCGUCCUGUAGAUGAGACCCUCCUGUUCAGUGAGCAAUAAGCAGUGAGAGGAAAGCUGAGCCGAAAGCGAUCGCUUGAUCAGGAAAAUGACCCAAUAAUCUUCACAGCAAAUUGUCGUCCUGCAACAUUUCAUUGUGUGUGCAUUACCAGAGCAGGAACCCUCUCAGUCUAUAGGAACUUGUUUUUGAAUGUUUUGUUUCAACUCGCCAAAAAGAACAUUUAAAAAAGAACUUAAAAGGUGGAAUAAAACACUAGAGGGUAACUUUAUUCACAGCUUGGAAUACGUUUUGCCAGCGUGCUGCCAUGGCGAUACCGCAUAUCCGUGAUACGAAGUGGCUGACACUGGAGGUAUGUCGGGAGUUCCAGAGGGGAACGUGUUCACGUUCCGAUCAGGAAUGCAAGUUUGCCCACCCGGCCAAGAGCUGUCAAGUGGACAACGGACGGGUCAUCGCUUGCUUCGACUCUCUUAAGGGCCGUUGCUCCAGGGAGAACUGUAAGUACCUGCACCCUCCUCCCCACCUAAAAACCCAGCUUGAGAUUAAUGGCAGGAAUAACCUGAUCCAGCAGAAGAACAUGGCCAUGCUGGCCCAUCAGAUGCAGCUCGCCAAUGCCAUGAUGCCUGGCACACAGCUACCACCUAUGCCCAUGUUCUCGGUGACUCCGGGUUUGGCCACCAACGCCACUGCAGCUGCAGCAGCUGCAGCCGCUGCCUUUAAUCCCUACCUAAGCCCUGUGUCACCAGGCCUGAUGCCCCCAGAAAUCCUGCCCAGCACCCCUGUUCUCAUGGCCUCCAGCCCCGCUGUCAGCCAAGUCCCUAAUGCUGCUGCCGCUGCAGCCCAGAAACUGCUGAGAACGGACAGACUUGAGGUGUGUCGGGAGUAUCAGAGGGGCAACUGCUCCCGGGGAGAGGAGGACUGUCGUUUUGCCCACCCUGCAGACAGCACCAUGAUCGACACCAAUGACAAUACAGUCACCGUGUGCAUGGACUACAUCAAGGGCCGGUGCUCCCGGGAAAAGUGCAAGUACUUCCACCCGCCAUCCCACCUGCAGGCCAAAAUUAAGGCAACUCAGCACCAGGUGAACCAGGCCACAGCCGCCGCCGCAAUGACUCAGUCGGCUGUCAAAUCACUGAAGCGACCCCUCGACGCAGCCUUUGACCUGGGCAUCGCCCCUAGUGUCAUGGCUCCGCUGCCUAAGCGAGCCGCCCUGGAGAAGGCCAACGGGGCCUCUGCCGUGUUUAACACGGGCAUGCUCCAGUACCAACAGGCCCUGGCCAGCAUGCAGUUUCAGCAGCAGGCUGCUUUUCUCCCAUCAGGCUCAAUAUUGUGCAUGACACCUGCAGCCAGCGUUGUUCCCAUGAUGCAUGGUGGUACUCCAGCCACUGUGUCUGCAGCCACCACAUCUGCCACAAGCGUUCCCUUCGCAACUGCCUCCACCAAUCAGGACUCUUCCUUAUCAAAGUUGACUACCAACGAAUACAUGCAAUUGAUUCCAAUAAUAUCUGCAGAUCAUCUGAGUAGUCACAAGUACUUGACUCAAAUGUAGUUCCUCUCAAGAACAAUCAAAUGAAUGUGUGCUGGCACCGUCCAAGCCAAAAGAGUUCAGCCUUUACGUACAUAACCUUCAGAAUGUCAAGCAGUGGGGCGAGGAGGGUCCGCCAUCUCUUCCAUCAUGUCCACCAUGAUGGUCUCAUAACACGUGUGAGCAUCAAGGGUGCAACAUAUGAUCUGUGCCAUUCUCCCACAUAUCAAUGUCAAGAAGAAUUCGGUGUCAAAUUCAACAUCGAGCCAAGAGAAGAGUCGAUCUUGGUGCCAGGGUUUGGUGCGUCUCUUCCUCUGUGGAAACGUUCACAUUACACCUCUAUCUGACUAAAUGAGAGCACUCUGUUCUAAUUAUCUUUACUACACAGAAGGUCAACACCAUGGUUGCAAAAAGCAACACGCAGUGCUGGUACGUUAGUAGACCAAGACUUUUCUUUCCUUUUUUUUAACCUGUCACUGUUUUUAUUUGUUUCUUUCUUUUUAAUUGAUAGCCAUAUUUCAUCGUUUACAAGUGAAAUGCAAACAUGCACCUUGAAUUUGAAUCAAAACCUGAAAGGCACAAUAACAGGAAUAUUAUUUGCCAAAAUAAUUAGGCAUGUACAGUAUUGUGUUUUUACGGCUACUAUUGUAACUAGGUGUUGAAAUGAGGGUCUUGGACAUAUGAAUGUUCUGGGUAAACCAACAUACCUGUGUACCUUGAAAGCACAGCCAGGCUAGCUUCUCUCACCUUGACAUGUGCCAUCAAGGCCAUACAGCUAAAAAACCAGAGUGUUAUCUCAGCAGUGUUAUUUGUUUACUGAAGGUUUAAAAAAAAAAGAUUUUGUAUGGCUCUUUUUGUAUUGUUUUGUUGUCAGAAUCUUCAUUGUGAGUGUUUGUUUUUAAACCGUUAUUCAUUUUGCUAAUCAGAUUUAGAAGUGGGAUUCUUAACCUUUUUUUAAGUCAAAGGGUUUUUUUUUUGUUUGUUUUGUUUUUUUUGUUUGUUUUUUAGAGUUUCUUAUACCUCUUUUGCCUAGAGAAAGUGUUAUUUCUGUCAAUUGGGACUAAGCUGUUGCUUAAAUCCUCUGAGACUAAAUAACUCAAGAGGUCAACAUCAUGUUUUAAAGAGGCUUGAAAACUGUGUCCAGCCACAAGUUGAUGGGGUUUAAAACCAAAGACCUGAAGGUCUAUUAGGUUAUUUUCAAACCACACGUGCACUUGAAUCUCAUCAGCCUGCUUUGAAUUCACAACCCAUCCUGUGUGGACUCUUUGUUUUGAGGAAAUGCAACACCUUACCGGUUUAACUCGUAUUUCCAGGCAGAGCGUGAAGAUUCUCUUUCAUUUUCAGAUAGAAACCAAAGCACAUUUUUAUCUCAAAAUCAUCAUCAUAAAGAGUUACAGAAGCAUCUCUCCACAGCAAUUAAGGAAACAUGUUUUAUCAUUCAUUCUACUGUCAAUUUUAAGAUCACUUCUUUUUUUUUCCUGUUUUCACAGAGGUGUGUAGUGUGUCUUUACCGAUAAUGUAAUGUACCUAACAAAGCCUUAGGAUUAUAAUUAAUGGGUCCCAACCAAAUCAAAUGUACUUUCAAUCACCAUGCAGGUAAAGAACACCAAUGAUGUUUUAUAGGUCUCUCACAUGACGCUUAUGUUUAUUUUGUCAUUUUUGUUUUUCUAUGUAAAAGUAACAAUUACUCUUAAAAAUUUCAUUGAAUUUAUGUGUUAUGUACUACUUAAGGAUUUGAAUCUAUUUGAGGUAUGUAGUUGUAGAUUUUUCUUUGUUUGCCUUACUAUAUAUUACUUGACAACAUUGAUAUAGCCGUUGUAGAUUUUGAGGUAGUUUGACAUUCAUAACUUUUUCAAACCAUAUAAAUGAAAAUGUGUUGAGUAAAUUUUAAAUAUUCAUUCAUAUAGCUGGAUGUCUUUUUCAGUUCAUGUUACAUCAUUAAUUUUGUUGGUGAAAGUUUUUUUUUAACACGAGGAAUGAGCUCAGUUAAUUUGCUGCAACAGGCAGCAUCUCGGAGUAGACAAAAAAAAGUUUUUGUUUUUUUUUCCAUUUUGAAUUUUCUUUGUAGCGUGUCAAGAUCAUGUUUGAAAGUUGGAAACAGAAAUUGUCCAUGUUUUAGAUUAAAAAAAUUGUUUUCUACUGUAUCUGUUUCAAAAAUAUAUAUAUGUACUUUUUGUUUGAAUAUUUCUUAAGUUUGCCCUGAAUGUCAGGCCAAAAUGAGCAUUGAGAUUGACGGGUUCUUUGGAUGUCAGGUGGAUCGUGAGAUUAAGGCGAAAGCAAAGACUUUACAAAGGGGUAAUGUCAUUAAUGCUGCAGAUAAUGAGUUCUAACCUAAGGGACGAAGGUUGAUCUUUUGCACUUCUGUAUAUAGUCAAAUGAACAGAGAAAAACGUGUAUCAUAUUGAGAUAUUAUUUUGAAUAAAAAAGAUCUAUAAUUAUAAGGAAUUUUGUUAGAUUAAUUUAAAUUCUUAAAUUAGAAGACCAGCUUAAAAAAUUGCUUGCAAAGAAGGGCACUAGUUUCUUGGCCAAUGCAUUUGGAGAAAGCUAUGCGCUUUUGUCUUAUUUUAUCAGUGGCUAGUAUAGCCAGGGAAUGUUUUAGGUGAAUAAGUAUCCCCAUGUCAUGCUAACUCACACCUCUGUUGUAGAAAUACACCCAUGAUGUUUUCUUGUUGGACUUGGUUAUGCAGCAUUGCUGCACUCGUGGUUCAUUUAAUACAUGGAAUUAUCAGUCUGUAUUCUAUUAUAAUUUGAUUUGACUGCAUGUAAAAGUAAACAAAAGAAAUUCCAUAGCUAUAUAAGGAAAGAUACAUUCAAAAUACAAAAUACACAAUAAUAUUUGUUUUAAACGAGAGUAUACAUACAGUAGAUAACAUCCACAAUGGGAAGCUUUUUAAAAGUAUUUCAAAAGUCAUCUUGUGUGAGAAAAUAUUUUCCAAACAAAUAAUGUUAUUUAAAGAAUAAUUAAAAAAAAAAAAUAUUAGCACUCAUGUACCCCAGAUACGUUGUCAUCAAUCAAUCAAUCAAUUUUUUUAUAUAGCGCCAAAUCACAACAAACAGUUGCCCCAAGGCGCUUUAUAUUGUAAGGCAAGGCCAUACAAUAAUUAUGUAAAACCCCAACGGUCAAAACGACCCCCUGUGAGCAAGCACUUGGCUACAGUGGGAAGGAAAAACUCCCUUUUAACAGGAAGAAACCUCCAGCAGAACCAUAGCCACCAUAGUCAUAGCCACAGAAUUACAGUCGACACUGAUUCACAGGAAAUUCUUCCUGCUUUCAUAUAGCUGUGCGCUCAGCAGGCGAAGGCUUGCAACACCAAAUGUGUAUAUUUGGCAAAUUAUUCUUCAAAGUGAAUGUAAACAGUUGUUGGUCUGUAGGUCAGUGCGGGUCUGACCUGAGGCCGCUGUAUAGUCGCUAUCGAACCAAAGCUCCGUUUUCUGCAAACAGUCUCUUGACUUGAACUGAGGUUUCACUUCCCUGCUGGGCGCACAUGUGCGCUUUGACUGCUUUUUACUUGUAAGUGCAGCCACCGAUUAUUGUAUUUGCUAACAGUUGCCACACAAUAAUGUACUAUUCUGUCGUCAGAUUUGUUUAUGCACAUUUUAAUGUUGCCAUAAAUGACUCUUGCUGUAUGGAUGAAAAUAAAUCUGAAUAAACUAUAUGAUUUGCUCAUGCUA